UGUGCUUCAGUCGCUCAUUGAAGGUUUACCGAAAAUGUCGAGUACAACGCUGAUCACAUUCCUUCUCUUGGCUGUUUUGACCGGCCAAUCGCUUGCACAAAAUGUGGCCGUAGAUCAGUCACUCGAAUGGGCCAGUCAAUUGUUCAAAACCGCUCAGGUAAUCACCCAAACAAAGUUACCCUCCACUGCAGAUGCCCAAGCUGAUGGCAAGGAACAACUGGAGACGUUGGAACUGGCUUUGUCCCACUGCCAAACUGAGCUGAGAACCACUCAAAAUGUCGACCUGCACAAAACUUGUGUAAAUGCCGUCUUUAAUGGCUUCUAUACGGCAUUGGAUCGUUUGGCUGGCGAGCAUUGGGCCAUCUUUGGAGCCACCUCAGGAGCUUCGCGUAUCGGCCUAUUCUGGUGAUCUGAAUAAUACCAAAAGUGCAAAGAGAAAUUUAGAGUCAAUGAAAUCUCAUUUUAACUUUCUUCUAGUGUUACAAAUUCAGCUGUAAUGUGUUUCCAAAUGUUUUAUUUGAAAAAAAUAUGUUUAAAUUAAUCAAAUAUUUAAAGAAAAAAGUGUUUUUCUUUAGCAAUACAUUGGUGGAUUGAAAUCUUAUUGUCCUCUACAUUUGAAUAUUAUUGUAUUGGAUAUUGGUAAUUUUAAUAAAUAAUAAAAGUUUUAAUGGUUUUUCAGAGUUUUAAGAAAAUUUGAAAUUUAAAUGUUGAUCAACAAAUUGUCCUAUGAUGCGAGUUUUUUAAAUAAACUGUCUUAAAUUCGUUUUCUGGUAAAAA